GGAGAAAUGGCAGGUAAACUUGACGAAGAGAGAUUCCUCGCGUUUUUGCAGCGUUUCUGCGCAGAUCACAAAGAACAGAUAGGGGAAGAUGAUCCAUUACCAUUUAAACUUGUUACCUACUACCUCCUUGAAGUGGAAGCUCGCGCUGAAUGCAUGGAUUGGGCAAUUCAAUACCUUGAGAAAAGUGAGUGCCCCGUGGGUCUAGCAUCACACAUUGCUCACUCUGUAGCUGAAGAUAUACUUAACACAGACCUCAGUAGACACAUAGAAGCUGAUAGCGACCCUCCACAGUUAAAGGCAGACUCAUUAGCAAGAGAUGUAUUCAACAAGGUUCAUGAGGUCUGCAAUAGGUGGAGCCAAAGUCUUCCAGUUUUUAACCAAUCAGAGAGGCAGCUUGAAGUAUCUACAUAUUACAUCAAGAAUACUCGUCGUAAAAUGGAAGAUAGGCACGUCGUGCUUCCGGACCUAAAUAGCUUAUUUGGAUUCAAGGAUGCAGUUGAUCAAUCAUAUUUUGCUGUAUUUGAUGGUCACGGUGGAGUUGAUGCCUCUGUGUACGCAGCUACUCAUUUACAUCAUAACAUUGUCAACCAUCCUAACUUCAAUGAUGACUUGGAAACUGCCAUGAGACAUGGGUUCACUGAUACAGAUGCCAAAUUUGUAGCAAAGGCAGCACGUGAGAGUAUACGAAGUGGUAGCACAGGUGUAUGUACUAUACUGAGGGAUGGGACUCUACAUGUAGCCUGGCUAGGGGACUCUCAAGCCAUGCUUGUAAAGAAUGGGAGCCAGUUUACACUUAUGGAGCCACACAAACCAGAACGAGAGGAUGAGAAGAAGCGCAUUGAAGAGCUGGGAGGCUGUGUAGUUUGGUACGGAGCCUGGCGAGUGAAUGGUUCACUGUCUGUAUCAAGAGCAAUAGGAGAUGCUGACCACAAACCCUACAUCAGUGGGGAGCCCGACUAUGCAUCUUUCCCUAUAGGGGGCUCUGAUGACUACAUAGUCCUAGCAUGUGAUGGAUUAUGGGACACUGUGACCCCCAAUGAUCUAGUACAUAUAGUUCACGAACAUAUCAAAGAAACUAAUGACUAUAACUCCGUUGCUAAGAAACUUGUUGAGACUGCCCGAGAUAAUGGCUCUAACGAUAACAUCACCGUGGUUGUGGUAUUCCUACGACGUGACAUUGGGACGCCAUCUGGUGGUGAGGCUGAAAAAGAGGCAGAAGGGCAACAAAAAGACUCAGGGGAUCAUAAUUCGGCAGCUCCACCAGACAAUUCUCAGGGAGAAGAUCAGGGAAAUACUGACCAAUCAGGUGGCAGUAAUAUCAACCAAUCAGGUGACAGUAAUACUCACAAUACCCAAAUGAAUUCAAACAAUAGUUUACAAUACAAUACAGUCAGUAAGGAACUGAACUCUACCCUACUAUUACAUGCAAACACUUCCGAGACUGACGGAAAUAAUAAUUUCCCAUCAAAACCCAAGAAUCGCAAUAAUUUCCACCAUUAUGGCGGAACGAACCACAAUUUUGAUUCGAGUCAUUUUGAACUUGGUGCUAUGGACUCAGCGAUUACGAGUAUAAACAAUAGGCCACCUAUUGGUAGAGUAGGGAACCACAAAAUCAAACUACCUAAAAUCACUAGUAGCUCAUCGAGACCAGAUGGGGGUGUGGAAUUAUUCGGGGGCAUAAUGGCUCAUAAAGUGACACUAGGCUCCAGAGAGGAAUCAAACCGAGUGGCCAUGAACAAUAAUAUUAACUCAAGACCACAAGACUGUGCUACAACAACAACGACAGCUAAACUCGACCUGAAUCCCCCUUUAAGGAAAUACUCGGGGAAUGCUCCUUUAAAUAAGGAUGACUUGUCUUCCCAUACUCCUCUGCCUGAUAUUCAAACCACUGAGGCUACUUCAACCAUAUAUGGUAGCCGUAGCCCAGAGCUUUUCGUGCAUCAAGAAGCCAAGAAAUCAUUCAGACCUCGGAAAUCUAGAUUAUUUAGAAUUUAAUAGUAGAUAUGAAUGUUAUGCUGGCUAAGUCAAUUCAGGAUUGGUUGUGUUCAGAUUUUUGG